AUGGUCGAAAAAGUCUACGUCACCUACAACGAUGUCCAUAAACUCUGCCAACACGCCGCGCCCCGCAUUCUCUCCUCCUUCAAACCCAACCUCAUCAUCGCCAUCGGCGGCGGCGGCUACGUCCCCGCCCGCAUCCUCCGCUCCUUCCUCAAAACCCCGGGUUCGCCCAACAUCCCCAUCCAAGCCAUCGGGCUCUCCCUCUACGAAGAACUCCCCACCUCGUCCGACAAAGAAGUCGAAGUCCCCGGCACCAAAGUCACCCGCACACAAUGGCUCGACUUGUCCUCCAUCUCCGAGGCGAACUUGAUCGGCAAGAAUGUGCUCAUUGUGGACGAGGUGGACGAUACGCGGACCACGCUGGAGUAUGCGGUGAAGGAGUUGGAGAAGGAUGUAGCGGUUGCGGCGAAAGAGUUGGGGAGGACGGGGGAGAGUACGAAGUUUUCGAUCUUUGUGCUGCAUAAUAAGGAUAAGGGGAAGAGGGGCACACUGCCGGAGGAAUUGAUUGGUGGGGGAAGGUAUCUUGCGGCGAGGACGACGGGCGAUGUGUGGAUUAAUUAUCCGUGGGAGGCGACGGAUAUUGAUGAGCAUGAUCGGUUGGCGGCGGAGCAGAGCCAGAAGGCGGCGUGAUCGUGAGGAAUAUGACCUAGAAAGAAGGAUACCAUGGGAGGCAGGAUGAAGGGCAAAGAUAUCAUGAUCUCGGCUGCGACACGGAAAGGAAGCCGCUUACUGAACAUAUGGUUGGCAGGAUACCAUUGGUUGGCAGGAUACCAUAAACCGACAAGACUGCCGCAAUGGCAGCACUGGAAAGGAGAGCCGCGAGCGAUGU